AUGGCCGAGGACAAAGUGCACGAGGCCGCCGCUUCGGCGGGAGGUCCCGUGCCUCCUUAUUCUGGUGCGGGCAAGGUUGAAUACAAGGCUCAGGAUGCCAUUGAUCCUGUUGAUGAGGCUUUACGGCACUACCACUCUACGGACGGACCAGGUUCGGACUCGUCUAUGACUAAGGUCAUUCAGAAUGCCAAAGCGGCGACGGAGAAGGAGCAGAACAUGACCCUGAUGCAGGGAAUCAAAUUGUAUCCCAAGGCCGUCGCGUGGAGUGUCCUCAUCUCGACUUGCAUUGUCAUGGAAGGAUACGACAUCAGUCUUGUGAACAAUUUCUAUGCAUUCCCGCAAUUUAAUAAGAAAUAUGGUACAUUGCAAUCGAAUGGGAAAUAUGAAGUGUCGGCUUCGUGGCAAUCGGGUCUUAGUAACGGUGCUUCUGUCGGCGAAAUCAUUGGCUUGUUCAUCAACGGAUGGGCUUCGGAACGGUUUGGAUAUCGGUACACCAUCAUGGCGUGUUUGAUCCUAGUGAGCGCAUGGACGGCGAUCUUUUUCACGGCCCCGAAUAUUCAGUCACUCUUGGCUGCCGAGAUUUUGUGUGGUAUUCCCUGGGGCGUGUUCCAGACGUUGACCGUCACGUACGCCUCCGAGGUGUGCCCCGUCGCGCUACGUGGAUACCUGACAACCUAUGUUAAUUUCUGCUGGGGUGUUGGCCAAUUGAUUGGAAUUGGCGUUAUCAAGGCAAUGCUGAAUCGGGAUGACCAGUGGGCCUACCGAAUUCCCUACGGACUGCAGUGGAUGUGGCCCGUCCCAUUAUUUAUUGGUAUCUGGCUGGCGCCCGAGUCUCCUUGGUGGCUGGUUCGGAGAGGACGGACGGAGGAUGCAAAGCAUGCCCUUGAGCGAUUGACGAGCAAGGAUCGCACAACCGACUUUGAUCCCGACGAGACGAUUUCGAUGAUGGUUCAUACAACCGCUUUGGAGGCUAAGAUUACACAAGGUGCCAGCUACCUGGACUGCUUCAAGGGUAUCGAUCGACGCCGGACCGAGAUUGUCUGCAUGGCCUGGGCGCUACAGAAUCUCAGCGGUAACACCUUCUCCAACUACUCGACCUACUUCUUGGAACAGGCAGGAUUGUCCUCGGAUAACUCCUACUCUUUCGCUAUGGGCCAGUAUGGCAUUAAUAUGGUUGGCACAUUCGGUGCUUGGGCACUGAUGGCCUGGGGAGUUGGCCGUCGGUCACUCAUUCUGUACGGAUUGUGCGGUCUCUGCACGAUGCUGAUGAUUAUGGGAUUCCUCGGGCUCGUCCCGGAGGCUCACAAAAACGCAGCCUCCUUGGCUACUGGCUCGAUGAUGCUCGUAUGGGCUCUCUUCUACCAGCUGACAGUCGGCACUGUCUGUUACUCCCUAGUCGCCGAAAUAUCGACCCGCCGUCUGCAAAUCAAGACGGUCGUUCUUGGUCGUUGCCUGUACAAUGUUGUGGCCAUCAUCUGUGGUGUCCUAACACCGUAUAUGCUGAACCCUAGUGCCUGGGACUGGGGCAAUUACGCUGGCUUCUUCUGGGGUGGAAGCUGCUUCUUGUGCGUUAUUUAUGCCUACUUCCGCAUUCCUGAGCCUCGCGGCCGCUCAUUUGCCGAACUGGAUUUGCUUUUCGAGCGUAAGGUUAGCGCUCGCAAGUUUGCGACCACACAUGUCGAUGUGUUCGAUGAAACUAUCGAAGGACAAGUCAUUGAUGACUACCGGGCUGAAAGACAUGCCCAUGCCCACACGGAACCGAGUCAGACGGAGAAGAACGCUGGCUUGCAAUGA